AUGGAUUUGCAACCGCCGUCGGUGCUGGCUCAACUGCCUCGCCCUUUGCAAGCCUCUACUGGAAAAAUCCGCAUUGGUGAAGUGCAUGGGUUGGCCGAUUCCAAGAAGCGCAAGAGAUAUGAAGUAGCCGUUGCGGUCGAUGGAGAGGCCGUGAACAUCUAUAAUGUUCAAACCCCAAAGCUCGUUACCUCCUACGCCGUUCCGCCGCAGUCUUCGUUUUCGUGCCAGCCAUGCUCGGUGCGCAGAAAGCUUUCGAACAAGCCCGUUGUCAAGCGCCAGACGUACGUCGCAGUCAACCCUCAGCGCGAGAUCAAGUCCUUUGUUGAGGAAAGUGGUGGCAAUGGAUCGACCGCACCUGUGAUUUCUUCGUCGUCUUUCUCGGUGAAGGAUUCGGACAGCCCGGCCAUUUUUGUCGGUCUUGUUCCGACUGCCUCUGGUGCUGUUGAGAACGACGAUUCGUUCGAUGUGUUGGCGGUCCACGAAGACGGUCGCGUGCGCCGGCUGGCCGCUGACCUGCAGACUCAGCGAUGGAGCAUUCGGCCUAGCGAGCUGACGCAGGGCUCGAGCGAUACCGUGCGUGCAUGCUUCCUCGUCGAAUAUGAAGAUGCGAAGAAAGCGCUGCUCAAGAAACGCCAAGACCUUGCGACUUUGGCCCUGGGUAGCCUCACAGACUCCGGUGUGGACGAGCCAUCGAUAUUGUUGGUUGUUUCGCACCCUACUGGAUCCCAGCAAAUCAAACUGAGCGACGUGAAAAUCUCCAUGUUCUCGGUGCCCGGCAACGUUAAGUCGCAGGCUCGCUUGGACGAGUCCCAAAAACUGAGACACCUCAUCACUGUCAGCAUCCCGGAUAUCGAUGCUCAGGAGACGUUCGAGAGCCGUGGAUUGGCCUGGGAUUUCCACGCCGGAUCCGCAGGACUGAGUCUCUCUUGCCGGAAGGGAUUCAUCAACUUCGAUCUGUCGCAGUACAAGCCAACGGCGACUUCCAAAUUCAUUCUCGAGGAUGAAGAGUUCUCCUCGGUCAUGCGGAUCUCGCCGCAGACGGUAAUCGGAGCCGGCAAGUCAAUCAUCGGGCUGUUUGACACCCAGUACAAAUCCAUCCAGCGCAGUAUCGCCUUCGAAGAUGUGCCUAGUAUCUCGUCGAGUCCCAAGGCGCCAACGACCUUUAUCAGCUACUUCGCCAAGCUCGGUAUUGCCGUCGCAGCAAAAGGCAACAUCUUGUAUGGAUUUGACCUGAGCUCGUCCCACGCGACUUUGGCUUCUUCGGUUAAGCGACCCAGGGAUGGCCUUCUGAUCGACGCCAUCGGACGCGGUAUUGGCUCCUCCGCCUCGCAUUGGGACGCCUCUUCCAAGAAGCCUCGCGUCGAACAAGUGAACUCGCUGGGUCUCACCUCACAGGAACAGAUCGACCGGUGGAACCAACUAGCCAAUGAUCUCCGCGAGUCCGCCAAAUCCAAGAAUGCCGACGCCUUUGACCGGGCAGUCCAGGCCUACUUCAACGUGGACGAUUCGAAGAACCUGCCCACCCGGGGUCACUACGUCAAUGUCGAGCUUACCCUAUUCCUGUUAACGUUCAUCUUCUCCGUCCAGGAUGCCGGUAGCAGCCAGGACAAGCUCUCCGCCUCGUCGACCCUGCGCCUAUCCAUCGACUUCUGGCCGUUGAAGACCAGCGCCUGGCUCAUCCAGCUCGGCCACCUCUCGGCGGACAACGUCGAGAUCGCGCUGCGCCGGUCCCUCAAGCCACGCAUUCUGCCUUCCCUGCCCGUCGGCUCCUUCGUCCAGGCGCUCAUCGACUCGGACGCCACCCUCCAGCGUCUGCUCAGCGUCCUCCAAGGCCCCACGAUCUUCAACCCAGACGAACUCGCCUACGCGCUCAAGACCUUCCUCAACACCGCCCACGCGCGCUCGCUCGCCCUGGAAGAAGAGACGGCCAAGACGCUGGCCAUCACCUCCGGCGGCGACGAACUCGACCAACAACAACCCCCGCCCACUCCCACCGCCGCGGCCACCACCAUCCAAGACGCCCUCAAGGACAUCUUCCUGGGCCUGAACACCACCAUCCAGAAAAUCCACACCCACCCCGCCCCCGCCCUCACCCGCUCCAUCCGCUCCGCCCUCUCGCGCACCGACAUCCUCUCGCUCGUCCACCACCUGCGCCUCUCCCUCGCCGUCGGCGGCCACACCACCCGCUUCACCGAGAACCCUCCCACCCCGAUCUCGCCGCACCAGACUACCCCCACCCUCUCCCUGGACACCAUCGCCACGCUGCUGAACGCCUCCGUCGACGCCAUCGGCCCCUCCGGCUGGAUCUCCGCCUCCGACCUCACCGACGCCCCGACCCGCGAGAUGGACCUCAUCGCCGACAUGAAAUCCGAAGUCUCCGCCGCCCUCGCCGGCGUCGAAGAAGCCGCCUACCUCACCGGUAUCCUGCGCGAAUACAUCCGCUACACAAACUCCCUCCACACCCUCCCUGCCAACUCUGGUUCUAAAUCCUCCAAGUCCUCCAAGAACUCCAAGUCCAGCAAGGACCUCGUCCCCGCCAAGGACGAAACCGAAACCAACGACCACGCUCCUCUCGUCCGCUAUGAGAAACUCAACGGCGCUGACCUGAUGGUCUACGGUGCCCCUGACGGUGAUGAUGCUCUUGACGGCGACGCUGGUGGUAAGCUUCUGCCUCUGUCUCUGAAGGCGGUGGCUACUCACGACGUCCCCUCGACGAAGGUCAACAAGGCUACCGGUGAGGUUAAGUCCAGGAGUAGUCGUGAAAUCGGAUAUUUGAAACGAAAGGCCGUGGGCAAGUAUUCGUUUGAGAGGCUUCUUGUAUAG